AUGGAGAAAAUCGCAGUGGACCCAGACUUCUACUCUAUAGCUACUGGUUUUGGCACAGAUCCGCAGGACUUUCAGUCAGAGACCACCUCUAUUGCGUCCUCGAUCGCGAGGGGACGAUUAGAAAACGGCCGAAGAUACCAGGCCACUAAAGAAGAUGAUUACUGGGGACCUUCUGACGAGCAGCAAUUCGAGGCGUUUGAGAUCGGUGAUGUUGCCGACCGCUAUCCGUCAGCUACCGUCCGCGGCGUGGAUAUUUUUCCCCCGCCAGUGUCAUGGAUGCCCCCAAAUUGCGUGUUCGAAGUGGAUGAUGUGCUCCGCGAGUGGACAUGGAGAGACUCGUUUGACUUUAUCCAUAUACGCCUCCUGUAUGGCGCCUUCCCUCCUGAGGGAUGGGACCAGUUAUACAAACAGGCUUACGACGCCCUCGAACCCGGUGGCUGGAUCGAGCAGAUGGAAUUUGACGUGCGGGUCUCUAGCGAUGACGGUACCCUGAAAAAAGAACACCAGCUAUGGGAGUGGGGACCAAUGUUUAUUAGGUGCGCCGAGAGAGCUGGACGGUCGCUCAACAUCCACGAAACCAUGCGCAGCGCAAUUGAGAAGACCGGAUUCGUGGAACUGCACGAGGAAAAGUACAAGAUCCCCUUAGGACCUUGGCCUAAGGAUAAGUUACUGAAGGAGGUCGGACACCUCCAAGAUGCCCACUGGAACGCCGCUCUAGAAGGUUGGGCGAUGUGGCUUCUCACCCACUUCGGGGAGCCGGAGCCGUGGACGAAGGAGGAGGUGCAGGUGUUCCUAGCUAAAGUGCGCAUAGAGCUGAAGGACCCACAUAUUCAUGCCUAUAAUCCUGCGCACCGCGUGUGGGCAAGAAAGCCUACCAUGGAUGAAUUGGAAGCGAAGGAGGCGACUUUCAAAGCUGAGACAUCACCGUAA